GGGACAAUGACACAACGUUCAAUGAAUGUCCUAAAUACAUUCUUGGGGACAUCUCUGGACAAAGUGGAACAACACAAAUCCUCCAGGGUUUACAUGGUAGCCAUUUCUGCAGUGAUCCGUGCAGACUCCGAGGUCAAACUUUGUGCCAGCCUUCUGCAGCCCAACGAGACCCUGGUCAUGACCAUGUAUAUGUCAGAUCACCAAUGAGCAGAUCAAAAUACUUCUCCAGGAGAGUUCUGACCAAGAGUUUCACCGCUGCUUCCAGUUUCAGGUCAGCUCAGCACUGGUCGACAUCCAGAACCAUUCAUGCAGUUUAGAGUCAUCACCUUGGAUACCAGUUUUAGCCCUGUCAAUCAGCUGCCUGUUUAUCUCCCGGGUGAAUGAAGGAGAUUCUCUUUCCAGUUGACACUGUGAAAAUGAAGGGUCAACAGAAAAGUCCAGACCCGGAUGAAAGUACACAUGUCAUUGAAGAAGGUGCAGUGGCUACAGCUGAUGACCCAUCAGCUGCCAUCGCCACCAUUCAGUCUGCCGCCACCUUCUCCUCAGAGCAUCCCAUAAAGUAUCUGUUCAAGACGGAGGGAGCUGGGGGGCAGGUAGGGGAGCUGUACUACCCUCCCGCUGGGCAGGUGACAUACAGAGUCAUCCAGGUGUCUGAUGGACAGUUGGAGGCUCAGAGUGAUGGAGCCACAGCGGUCAGUGUGCUCACUGGAUUCCCUGCAGCCACACAGCCUAUGACCCAGGCUGUGUUCUCUCAGUCCGAGGGGUUGGAAGGGGACGGCACUGAGACGCAUUACACCUACUACCCUGCCACCAUCGCUGAUACUUCACCAGGCACCAUGGUAACCAGCGUGGUGCAGGCAUCUGAUACACAUCUAAGUCAGAGCACUCCCACUGGGCAGUUGUAUGUGAUGAUGUCCCCCCAGGAAGUGCUGACUGGAGCUAACCAGAGGUCCAUUGCACCUCGCACACAACCUUACAACACAAAAUCAGAGGUCCCACGCACUUCUAGAGAUGACAAAAGGCGAGCCCAGCACAACGAGGUUGAACGUAGACGCAGGGACAAGAUCAACAACUGGAUUGUCACGCUCUCAAAGACCAUCCCAGACUGCAACAUUGACCCUACCAAGUCAGGGCAGGUCAGUAUCAGUAAUGAGAGUAAAGGUGGGAUCCUCUCCAAAGCCUGUGACUAUAUCCAGGAGCUUCGGCAGAACAACCUUAGACUAGGGGAUGACCUAAGCACCCUGGAAAGGCUCAGAAUGGACAACCAACUACUGAGGCAGGAGGUAGAAGACUGGAAAUCCAAGAACCAGAUUCUGAGGAACCAGAUGCGACAGAAUGGCAUUGUUGGAGCAGCAACGGCAGACGCUCAGUGAUGGGUAGUCAGGGGAGAAGAAGGAUGUUAGAUCAUAGAAUUUGAAUAUCUCAGUGGAGGAAUGGUAGAAUUACCUUGUGACAGAACUUUUGACCCCAAACCAGAAGAAAAUUCUCACUUCACUAUAAAAUCAGUCUGAUGGAGUUUGCAGAUCAGGUCAUUAAAUGGUCACAUUUUACAUACGGAAAACCAUCUUAGCUCUUAUAAAUGAAGAUUUUUCCCACAGCUAUUCAGCUGUCAUGUACAUACAAUUGUUUAGCUUUUUUACCUUUGACACAAUUGCGCUUCAUUGUAUCAAGUAUAUUUAGUAACUCUUAGUGUAAGUCUCAAAAUAUAUUUACAUUUGAUACAUCUAGUAUCAGAUGUCCCCACUUCCAGAAAUUGCUCAGCACUUUGUUUUUCUAAAGUUGUCAGUAGAAUAUGUAUUACAAUGAUAUACAUAUUGUAAUAAAGGAUCUUUGUAUUGGUAAAUGAUGAUGGAACUUCACAAUUGAGUGAAAGACGUAAUGGGAUUGAGAGCUUUCUGUUCUGUUCGCUUAUUGAAUCCACUAUGAACAUCAGUUGUAUCAUUCUGAGUUUUCAUUUCAUCAUUAGCUAACCUAGUACAUAAUGUAUGAUUGUCAUUAGCAUUUUUAAUUAAACAAAAAUAUACAAGUAA